AGCCAACAUCUCUCUUCUCUUCCAAGAAAAAUAACCCAGCCCAACCCUCCAAGACCAACCAUGAAGUUCUUCGCUGCCAUCGCUGCCCUCGUCGUUGCCGCCGUCGCCAACGCCCAGUCGCCCGCCUUCACCAACUGCGCGACUGGUGCCACCGACAUGACCGUCUCCGCCUUCUCGGUCUCGCCCUACCCUCUCUGCAUCGGCCAGAACGUUUGCGCUUCCGUCACCGGAACCCUGAGCACCCCCGUCAUUACUGGUGCCAAGCUUGCCAUCACCGGCAGAUACGGUGGACGCGUCGUCUACACCGACAACCAGGACCUCUGCACCGUCCUUGCUGCUUCAGGACACCCCUGCCCCGUUGCCACCUCGGUCACCAGCAUCACUGCUUGCGUCUUGGUCAAGACGACCGCCCCCGCCAACGUCCCUGUUGCUCUCGUCAUCCAGGCCACCAACGGCAACGGCAAUGUUCUGUUCUGCCAGACUGCCACCGUCACCGCCAAGGUCUGCUAAGCUGCGACCGUCAUCGCUCGGAUCUGUUCGGCUUGAAGUGCUGCUUAGUCUUCUUUUCCGUUCUUCGAGGAGUAGAUUAUUGGGUUGGCUCCCGCACAUUCUGAGCGCACCAUAAUGGCGUGUAGUGUAUCUAAGAAACAACAUUACAUAUUAUACAAUGGAUCUUGUAGAUUAUCUCACUGGUGAAAUAAAAAAAAAAUACUUGAUCUA